AUGUUGUCCAAGCAGUCUUUUGCUGCCGUGGCCCUCGCGGCAUUCCCGUGCCUGACCAAUGCGUUCAGCUAUCCGGAUUGUGUCAAUGGACCAUUGGCCAAGAACCUGGUCUGCAAUCCACAAGCAUCAGAUGCCGACCGAGCAGCAGCCCUUGUGGCCGCUAUGAACAUCACGGAAAAGCUCGCUCAGCUGGUUGAUAAUGCUCCAGGGGUGGCUCGUCUUGGGCUUGCACCAUAUGAGUGGUGGUCUGAGGCUCUUCACGGCGUUGCAGGGUCUCCUGGCGUCAACUACUCUCGAAACGGUGGCCCCUUCUCCUACGCAACCUCUUUCCCACAGCCGAUCCUGACCUCCGCUGCAUUUGACGACCAGCUCGUGCUGGAUAUUGCCACGAUUAUCAGCACCGAAGCUAGGGCCUUCAGCAACGAUGGGCGUACAGGUCUGGACUUCUUCACGCCGAAUAUCAAUGGAUACCGUGACCCGCGAUGGGGCCGAGGACAAGAGACACCCGGCGAAGAUGUAUACCACAUUGCUCGCUACACUAAGAACCUGCUUAUCGGUCUCGAAGGUGGUGUCAAUCCUCCUCUAAAGAAAGUCAUUGCGACUUGCAAGCACUUUGCCGGCUACGAUCUGGAGCAAAAUAGGUUCGCCCCAAACAUCUACAACCGCUUCGGAUACAAUGCCUUCAUCGAUACCCAAGAUCUAGCCGAGUAUUACCUCCCACCCUUCCAGCAAUGCGCACGGGACUCUCGUGUCGGGUCCAUGAUGUGCUCAUACAAUGCCAUCAACGGGAUUCCCGCUUGUGCCAACAAAUACAUCAUGCAAGACAUUGCCCGCGAUCACUGGAAUUGGACAGAUCGUCAACAGUACAUCACUAGUGACUGCAACGCCAUCAUUGACAUCUCUUCGAACCACAACUACACUGCCACCUCUUCGCAGGCGACAGCCAUCUCCUUGAUAGAGGGCACAGACCAAGUUUGCCAGGUCGGACCGACGUCGAACCAGACAGGCGCUUAUGCCGAGGGUCUCCUCACGGAAGCUGUUGUCGACACUGCUCUCCGUCGCCAAUACGAAGGUCUGGUCACAGCCGGCUACUUCGAUCCAGCAAGCGAGGUUCCCUACCGCAAAUACACCUGGAACGAUGUCAACACGCCCCAAGCACAAGCUCUUGCCCUCAAGACUGCUCAGGAAAGUCUCGUUCUGCUGAAGAAUGAUGGCACCUUGCCGCUUGCUGUCGGUAGCAAGAAAGUUGCCAUGAUUGGCUUCUGGGCCAAUGCUACUACUCAACUUCAAGGUGAUUAUUCCGGUCCAGCACCCUAUAUCCACAAUCCAGUGUACGCGGCUCAACAGCGCGGCAUCAAUUAUGUCUAUGCCACCGGUCCGAUCCAACAGGCUCUGACUGCCAAUAUCUCCGGGCCUGCAUUGGCUGCAGCAGAGUCUGCCGACGUCAUCCUAUAUUUUGGUGGUAUCGACACCUCCAUCGAGGUCGAGGGUCUCGAUCGUGUCAACAUCACAUGGCCUGCCUCACAAGUGGCUCUGGUCUCGCAGCUGGCAGCUCUUGGGAAGCCGCUUGUCAUUGUUCAGCUGGGCACUAUGAUCGACAACACCGCCUGGUUGCAGGAUAAGAACGUCAGUGGUAUGAUCUGGGCUGGUUACCCAAGCCAAGAUGGCGGCACUGCGGUUCUCGAUGUGAUCACUGGCAAAGUAGCUCCAGCUGGUCGUCUCCCGAUCACUCAGUACCCUGCCGCCUACGUGAACGAAGUCGUGCCUACCGAUCAGAGCUUGCGACCAAGCAACAGCAGCCCUGGCCGCACCUACAAGUGGUUCGAUGGGGCUGUACAGCCAUUCGGCUAUGGUCUACACUACACCAAGUUCAUUGCAAAGUUCGGCAACUCUGGACCACACAGCUACAAUGGCCCCAGCUACGAUAUCGGCAAGUUGCAACGCAGCUGCAACACUGCCUAUCCCGACCUCACCACUGCCUUUUCUGUCAACAUCGAGGUGUACAACGCUGGCAAGGUGAACUCGGAUUUCGUCGCCCUUGCAUUCGUGCAGAACAAGAACGGACCCAAACCAUACCCAAUCAAGGAAUUGGCUGGCUACACUCGCUUCAUGUCAAUCGAGACGAGUUGCUCUCAGAGCGCGAAGAUUGACAUUACACUCGGCAGUCUCGCUCGUCGCGAUGUCAAUGGUAACCUCGUCCUCUACCCCGGCGAUUACGCGAUCUUGCUAGAUGUUCCAACUCAAGCGACGUACAAGUUCACCUUGACGGGCCGUCCUUGGGUACUCGACAACUUCCCGCAGCCACCUGCUGACCCUACUGGCGGUUGCACCUACUGCACGCCGCAGACUGAUCUUACGUCGCCGCCCAGCGGGCAGUAG